AUGGAUAGUGCUCGAAAAAAUGCAUCAAAAAGGGCUGCUUUAGUCUAAAAAUUAGAUAUGCUUGAUAAAUCUGUUCUUCAUAAUUGUUAUUAUCAAGAACUCUAAAAGACAUAUUUAAAAAAAAGCACUGAAAAAGAACAAAAAGGAAUAUAAAUAGAGGUUGUUUAAGAGUAAGAUGAAUUAAGUAUAGCUCAAAGAAGAGUGAAUCAAUUAGUGAAUUUGAAUAGAUAACUUGAUGAUUAAAUUCAAAAAAAUGAUUUAUUGUAACAAUAAAAAAUAAUGGAGGAUAUGAAUUCAAUUAUAAAUAGUUAACUUGAUCAUUUUAUUAAUCAAUAAGCAGAUAGAAAUUAAAUAUUAAAUCGAUUAUAGAGUGAUUUUAAUGCAAAUCAUCAAAGUAUGUAAAUAUUGGAGGGAGAAUAUUUGAUUACAGAAUUCAAAAAAAUAAAUUAAAUGGAUUAAUAAAUUUAUUAAUAAUAAUCAUAGGAAUAUGCAGAUAUAUAUAAAAUAUAAUAUUAAAUAUAGGAGGAAUUGAAAGUAGUAAAUGUAGAACUUGAGAAAUAUUAAAAAUUAAAUCAAACAAAUAAUUUAUAAAAUUAUGUGCUAUAAGGUCAAGCCAAAAAUAAAUAGUUUAGUUUAUAAUUGAUUUAGGAGCAAUAUUAUUGUCAAAAAAAGAAAAUUAGAUCAUUUUGUAUAUUUUAUAAUAAAACUAAUGAAUGUGAUUAAACUUACUAACCAUAUUUCAAAGUCAAGAACUAAAAAUAGUUGUCAUUUGAAACUAAUGAAUAAUUAAAUAAUGAAAAUACUUCAAUUAAUUUAUGGUCGAGUUCAAAAUAAAAAGUUAAGAAGAUUAACCCAUAUCGUUGUCAGUUUUAUAAAUUUGAUUAAAUAUUUUCAAGAAAAGAAAAUUCAAGGGCUAAUUAAUAUGAAUAAUUAUUUAAUUAAUUAGAAUUAUUUAUUAAAGGUACACUUUAUAAAUAAAUUGAUUUAAUUUUGAAGAGUUAUGCUUUUAAUAGCCAAGAAUAUCAUUUAAUAUAUAAUUAAGAUUUAAUUGAAAAUGUUGAGAAACUUAGAAAAUUAUGUGAUAAAGAAAAGCCAGAUAGUUGCAAUGUAAAAAUAGAAUAUAUUUUAGAAAUUGAUAGUAAUGCUUUGUGAUAAAAAUAGAGGAUUAAUAGUUAAUUUAGUAAGUGAUAUAGCGAAGAUCCUUUCUCAUUUUAAUAAUUAAUUGAUUGAAGUGAAUAGUUUGAUAUUAACUCUAACAAAAUUUUAGAUAAAAGAUUAAUAUAGUGAAGACAUUUUAGAAUGCAAUGCAUAAAAUAUAGAAAUGAUGUUAGAUUGUUUAAGUAAUAAGGAGAUUUUUAAAACAAGUUAAUUUCACUUAAAAAUUGAGAUUAAUUUAAAUAAUAAUGCUAAAAGAGUUUUACAUAUAUUAAUGUUAGCUCCUCUUUUAAUAGAAAAUAAUGAAUUGUUUUGUAAACAGUUUAAAAGUAUUUUUAAAAAAGAAAAAGCUUUUAAAGAAUAAAUAGGUUCUAGAAUUGAAGGAAUUGUAAAAGUAAUAAUUAUAAGUUUAAACAAUAGAAUACUGAUAAAAUUAUAAUAAUAACACAAAUACCAGAAAUGAUUAGAACUAAAGAUAAUUCAUUAAAAAAGAUUUCAAUAGUAUAAAACAUUAUCAAUUUUUAAUCAUUAUUGGUAUUUAAAUAAGAAAAUUGA